AAUCUAAAAUGGAAGAAACCCACUUACAAAAGACUGUGCAAGAAAAAGUUGCUGUUGAUAUAUACUUAUCUGCUUAUGCUAAUGCCAGGAAAUACUAUGAUGUAAAAAAACAAUCGGUAAUCAAACAGGCUAAGACUUUAGCUGUCGCUGACAAGGCAUUUAAAAGUGCCGAGCAAAAAAUUAAACAAGACCUUAAAGAAACCAAAACAACCACAUCCAUAAAUAAAAUUCGAAAACCUUUUUGGUUCGAAAAAUUUUGGUGGUUUAUCUCGUCCGAAAAUUAUCUUGUCAUUGCUGGUCGUGACAUGCAACAAAAUGAAUUGCUGGUUAAACGACAUCUUCGUAAAGGCGAUUUGUACGUUCACGCAGAUUUGCAUGGUGCCGCUACAGUUAUUAUUAAAAAUAAUAAUGCCAAUCAGCCAGUACCUCCAAGCACACUUCUUCAAGCAGGAACUAUGUCGGUCUGCCAAAGCAAAGCUUGGGAAGCGAAGAUAGUUACUAGCGCAUAUUGGGUCCAUGCGGAUCAAGUAUCCAAAACCGCACCAACUGGGGAGUACCUCACAACCGGUUCUUUCAUGAUUCGUG